AUGAAUACUUCCUACGAUGUCGUUGUCGCCGGCGCUGGGCCUGUGGGCCUCUUUCUUGCCUGCGAGUUGGCCGUAGCCGGUGUUUCGGUGCUUGUGUUGGAGCAACAAGAAUCGCCCGAGUCGCCAUGGAAGGUUGGACUGCACGGCACUCGCGGCCUUCACAUCCACUCGAUCGAAGCCUUUUACCGCCGUGGCUUGCUCGACAAGGUGCUGCACAACAUCGACGUCCCCGGCCAUGUGGCAAAAGUCCCUGGCUACGACUUGAACUUCGCCGCCCACUUUGCCUCGAUCCGUCUGGAUCCCAAAAACGCCGACUUUGCUCGCUGGAAGUACCAUCUGCCGCUGCCCCAGCCUGCAGAGGCCAAGCUGUUCUAUCCCGCCCCUACCUCUGUGGACACGCUGGAGAAGACCCUGGCCGAGCGUGCCGAAAGUCUGGGUGUCCGCAUCCUGAGAGGUGCGGAAUUCACCGACUUUACAGAAGAGAGUGAGACCGUCACUGUCUUGGCUAGAGAUCAGACAUUCAAGGCGAAAUGGCUGGUUGGAUGUGAUGGUGAGCGCAGCAAGGUUCGCGAAGCCGCGCAGUUCGAGUUCCCUGGUACACCGGCCGAAUUCAGGGGAUAUGUCGUACACUGCGAUCUUGCCAACCCGGAAGUGUUGCAGAGAGGCUUCUGCCGUACCGCGGCCGGCAUGUACAUCUUCCCUGCGCCGGGCCAUCUGUAUGUUACGGACUUUGAGACACUGGGACUGAAGGGCGGCGAUGAAGCCAUCACGCGCGAACAUUUCGAGAGCGUUCUUCGCCGUGUUUCUCAGACCGAGAUUGUCGUCACCGAACUCCACCGCGCCAUGUCCAUGACCACCCACCUGAAACAGACGACCACGUACCGCAAGGGCCGGGUGCUGCUGGCCGGCGACAGUGCCCACGUCCAUCCCAGUUUCGGUGCCCAGGGCUUGAGUAUCGGCAUUGGCGACGCGAUGAAUCUCGGCUGGAAACUGGCCGCGACUGUCCGGGGGAUUGCCUCUCCGGAGCUUCUCGACUCGUACAAUCAAGAGCGUCACCCGGAGGGAGCGAGACAACUCGAAUGGGCUCGCGUGCAACUGUCUCUCCUGCGGUCCAACCCGUAUAGUCUGGCGACCGCCAAGCUUAUGAAGGACCUGAUUGCCACCAAGGACGGAAACACGUUUUUCAUCGAGCACAUCGUGGGCCUUGCGAAGCUUUACAAUCUCGGCAACGCGCACCCUGCGAUCGGAUACAGUGCUCCGGACUUUGAAUUCGCCGACGGCUCGCGCUUAGGGGCCAAUAUGCGACAGGCCCCGUUCUUGGUGCUCGACUUUACCGACAACCACGCCGUGGCCAAUUACGUCCAGUCUCUAGGGUCGGCGGUGAGGUACUCUGGAUCUCAACCCAAGGACGCCAUUGAUCUGAAGGCGUUGAUUGUCCGACCGGACGGCGUCAUUGCUUGGGCAUCGGCGGACCAGAUCGAACUGACUGAGCUGAAGACUGAGCUGGGCCGGUGGUUGGAUCUCUCGAAACUUGAGACUGACGCUACGGCGGCCGUGAUGACCCGUAUGGCUUUGAAGAAUGAAGCGGAUGUAUCUGUGACAGUCAUUCCCAUCGCUGCAACAGUGGCGGCCUAG